AUGGAUACUACGAAAACCGAAGAAACUCCGGUUAACCGUCUCCAUUUUCCGGCGAGGAAGCUAAACCAUAACCAAGAAGAAGCAGGAGAUUCCAUAAUUUCAUCGGAAACCGGAAGCAAUGGAGAAGAGUUUUCCGAUUGUGAUCAACCGUCAUCGAUAGCUAACGAUCUUGGCCUAGUGAAGUUGCUUAAAAACGACAAAGCAUACGAGCUAAUCCAUCGUCACUGCAAAUCUAACCUCACUCCUCAAUUCGAGAUCGUAUCGAUUCUCAAGAACGGGUUUCAGAGUCCAUUGGCUAGAGCUAAGCUUAAAGCCUUCAAGAUAUACGUAGACUCUGUCGCGGAGAAAAACGGCGGCUGCUGCGGAGAAGGCGGUGGAAGCAAAGCUCCGGCUGAAGCGGUGAGAGUGAAAUACGGUUGGUGCGGCGUGGAGAAGGAAGAUUUAAAAACGAUACUAACGUACGGAUUUAGCCAGCAAAACUUGAAGAACAACAAUGGUGGUGGCUUACUCUAUCUCUCACCAGACAAUGCUCCUCUUCAAUGUAUGAUUGAUUCUUCAUCGGCAUCUUGUGAUGAAGAUGGGAUUAGAUUCUUGCUGCUUUCAAGAAUUAUUUUGGGGAAAUCAGAGAUUGUUUCUGCUCAGGGUUUGAUCAACAGAUCGUAUCCGAGUUCGCCGGAGUUUGAUUCAGGUGUAGAUAGUUUAAUGUCUCCGAAGAAGUAUAUUAUUUGGAGCACACAUGUGAACACUCAUGUUUUGCCUGAGUUUGUUGUAUGCAUCAAAUCUCCAUCUAUCUUGAGAGAAAAGAAUCCGAAAUCGCCUUGGAUAACGUUUCCGGUAUUGAUCAAAUUGAUAUCGAGGUUUCUUAAUCUGUCUCAAAUCCUUCUUGUUCAAAGACACUAUAAAGAACAUCAAGAUAUGAAGCUCUCGCGAUCUGAGUUGAUUCAACGACUGAGAUGUAUCACCGGAGAUAGAUUACUAGUUCACAUCAUCAAAUCUUUCGGACAAAAGGCACCGGAAGGAUCAAGACCGAUAAAUGGACAGUCAUGCCGUGGCUAG